UGAUAAUCUCAAUAGUGCAAGUUUCCAAUUUUAAUCUACCUGAGAACAAAAAUUUUAGGCGAGAUUGCAGUUAAGCUUCAAAGUGUCAACCAAAAGAAGAUGAUGCCAUACUCCCACGAGCAACUGGCGACCAUAGUGGCACUCCCGACCAUAACCACGCUCCUCAUGUGGACCAUCGCCAUCUUCCAUAAGAACAGAAAAAAGUGGGGACCAUACGACAUCCCCAUCGUCUCAGUUUUAGUACUAUCAGUCAUACGCAACAUCACAGUACUUGUCUACAUUCUUGUUGUCACACUGGGAGACGAACAUGUCUUUAGUCUGGAGUCCUGCAGUAUCGUCGUUUGGAUAUUCAAUUCUUUGCAUACGUUUCAAGCCAGUUCUCUAACCACAAUUGCAGUCAUAGGAUUGUUUUCUGUCAAAUUACAUCAGAAGCAACAACACCUUAGGAUGUUCCUUACUCCUACGCACAUAAUCUACCAUCUGUUUUGUCUUACAACUCUGUGUGCUUGCGUAGGUGUUGCAGCGAUCUUGGCCCAAUCAGAAACGGAGCCUGUGUUUGAACGACUUUCUUCUGUCUUUGAUACAACCCCCUGUAGAUUUAUGCCAUUCAACUUGGAUAUCAAGUACAACGUGUUCAUUCUAGUUCUUCAUAUGUUUCUUGCUGUGAUAUCUUUUUCUAGUUUCGCUAUAAUCUGUUAUAAUUUUUAUAAAAUGAAACGGGAAAAUUUCGAAUAUAUGAAGAAGUCGAAUUCAGAUUUGAGUGAGAUGAGUUUGGGGUACGGAAAUACGUUCAACGGAGAUAAUAAUAAAGGUUACUAUGACACCUACACCAUAAACCGCAACGGCAACGGAAGUGCCCACGUCACAAACAGCAGUGACCCACGUUACUACGAUUCGUCAACGCACCAUGUGUCCAACGGAGGGUUCUGCGCCGCCAGGGAUAUCAACUGGAACUCCGAUCUGUCAAAUAUGUCAACGACUGUCAGCUCGACCAAUUCGAGACGGCCCUGUCUUAGUAGGCAGCCUACCGACCACCAGCAUCGGCUGAUGCAGAGUCAAGACGACAGGACUGGACUGGAGACGAUGCAUCCUGUGCUGAUUGUGUGUUAUUUGUUCUACCAUCUGCCGCUGAUCGUAAGUGAAUUGUUGUAAAUUCCAAGAUG